GGGUUUCAUAUCCAUUGAGAUUUUACUUUCAACCCAUCAUGGCUGGCUCUUCCUCCCCGGCUGGAAAGCCUGAGAAGACUAUGUCCUCAAAUCUAUUGACCAUGAAGUUUAUGCGACGCGCUGCAGCUGCGAAAGAAACUCAAAGCCCAUCUUCCGAUGCCAGUUCGCACAAUUCGAAGCGCCCCCGUCUCUCUACCGAGGCUGAGAGCCCUGGCACCUCAGAUAUGGAUGCGAUCGCUGCUGCACUUGCCGCUGAAGAAGAAAAGCGACAGCAAGCUGUCGCGCGAGCAGCUGCAGAAGCCGGUGAGACACACUGGGUUUUAGACGUUCCUGCUACGCCCCAAUCCACUCAGCAGCCUAUGGUAUUGGCUGCAGACUCGCUGGAUGCAGAUGACGAUACUUACUCCGGUGGUCGGCGUGCGUAUGGCAAUUUCAAGCGCAAAGAGCGCAAGCCACAAACUACACCACGGAAGGAGGGAAAUGAUGACGAUGAUGAUGAGGACGACUACGAUGAAGAUGAAGACAUAAUCAACCCGUCGAAUCCACAAGAAGUCAGCAAAAUGAUGGAAAAGGCCAGACUCAAGGCAGAAGCCAAAGCCAGAGCAAACACACGACAGACGAAGCUGUCUGAACUCACUAGUAUAUCUGGUUCUGGCCGGGGGUCUCUGUUGGGAGCCCCAUCCUCUGACAAGAAGAAGAAGAAGCGCAAGAGCUACUAA